AUGCUGAGUCUUAAGAGGGUUCUCUUCUUUUUUUCCUUCAUAUCAUUGUGCGUCACUCAGAAGGACCCAUUAAAGGACUUUUGUCGCAUACACGGACAUCAAACUACAAUAGUCGACCGCCGGCUCUACGUAGAUGGAGGUCUGGUCAAUUGGUCGCCUCUCUCAGCAGAAUCUAUCAACUACACAAGUACAUGGCUGAGAUACGGUGAGCUCGAUAUAGAUAAAGACGGCUUCCCCCAGCAUUUCCUCCUAGCAAAGAACGAUUCAGUCCCUUCCGUCCAAGGUGGCGUACUUUGGUCGGACACCUCGAAUAAGGUUAUGUAUCUGUACGGCGGCGAGUAUGGCAAUGACAAGCCUGAAGACUUUGUCUUGUGGUAUUACGAUAUCGUUUACGAUACCUGGAACAGGUCCGAUGUGAAAACGCCAGACAUACGGCGAGCUUCUUGGGGUGCUGGUGCCACAGUACAGGACAAAGCGAGAGGCUAUUAUUAUGGAGGUUGGUUGACUAACGCUUCUGUCCCUGGAUACCAAUCUCGCACCGCUCUGAGUAACAUGCUGGUCUAUGACAUGCUCGCGAGUUCAUUCAAGAACCAAUCCGGGCCAGACGACAUUCCCCGCGCUGAAGGUGUAAUGAUAUAUCUACCUGCCGGGGAUAGUGGGUUGUUGGUAUAUUUUGGAGGUAUUCAGUUCCCCUACGGCAAUGAAACAGCAAAAGCGCUUCCAAUGACUGAUAUAUAUGUGUACGAUAUCGGGAAUGAUCUCUGGUACAAGCAGAAGGCGAGUGGUGCAGGAGUGCCUGAGAAUCGGCGAAGAUUUUGCGCAGGAGCCGCGUGGGCGGAUGACCGCUCAUCUUACAAUAUCUAUCUUUAUGGCGGUGCAUCAGUCGGUGAUGGGGUUGGUUACGGAGAUGUAUGGAUAUUGAGCCUCCCAUCCUUCACGUGGAUCAAGUUCUGGCCCAGAAAAGAAGACGGUAAUGGCCAAACCUAUCCCCAUCAUUCACUCACAUGCGACGUUAUAGAGAACUCGCAAAUGAUCAUUAUGGGUGGCUCAUUUCCCAAUGAGACUGCCGAAUGCGACGUCUCGCCUAAUUACGGACAGCAUGGUCUGGAUCUAGGUAAGGCGAAUGCUAAGGGAGCGAAAUGGGCACUGUUCAACCCGAACGUGACACAGUACAAGGUGCCUUUGGAGAUAGCCCAGACAAUAGGGGGCGGUGCCACAGGCGGUGCAACUAUGCUCGCUCCAACAAGCGGAUGGGAGGAGAGGGACUUACAAGUACAGUUUCAGCGAGCUUACAUGCCGACAACAAGGACACCUACAAGAGACCUCCCCACAUCGACGGCGACUUCCACAUCAACUUCAUCUCCAGCUAAGCCAGGAGGCUCAAGCAAGAAGACUAUUAUUGCCGGAGCCGUGGGUGGAGCCGUGGGAGGCUUGUUGCUGCUGGUCGCCAUGGUCUGCAUUUGCUUGUGCAUCCGCCGCCGGAAGAGAAUCGAGGAAGGCAACAGGCACAGUCAACCGGAACCCCCAUUGCAAUCGAUGACCCAAAACACUUCUCCUCCAAUAUCACCACAGCAGUGCUCCUUCAGCCCCCAAAGCUUACCGUCGCCGCCCUCAUACCACGCGUGGCCUCACUACGCACCAGGCGGUCCGGACCCAUCAGCAGUUGCCGCGCCACAAGAGGUGCCCAACGUGCCAUCUCCACCGUUGCAGGAGAUGCCUAAUGUGAGAUCGCCAGUAAGCUUCGGUACUCAGCGGCAAUCGAGUGAACCAUGUGCUUUGGGCAUCGAUCCGUAUUACUCACAGCAUCCACCUAAGAGAGCUGAGACAGAUGUAUCGCCCAUGAGUAACUGA